AUGGUGGCCGCCUGCUGCCAGGCGGCGGUGGCCGAUGCGCUGCUGGACGUGACCGACCUGGUGGAGGAGACGCGCCGCGAGGGCCGCGGCGCGCACCUGCCGCCCGACACGGACCGGCUGCUCGACACGUGCCGUCACUUCGCCGCCGAGCAGGAGCUCAGUCGCGAGCAGCGGCUGCGCGCCGUGUCCGAGCGCGGCAAGCGCAGCCGCAAGCACUUCGGCGCGCUGCUGUGUCUGGAGGCCAACGUCGAGUGGGUGUCGGUGGACGGCCUCUGGAGGCUGCUGGAGGCCGUUAUGAAGUCGGCUGACGGACCGGCCGAGCUCCGCGAUAGGACAAUCAAGGUGCUGCUGGACUGCCUGCUCACGGAGCCGGCCUGCGAGGAGCGCCGCCGCCUGUUGGAGCACGUGCUGACGUCGGCGCCCGACCUCCGCACCACCACCUGGGAGCAGGAGCUGCGCACGGUGUCUGCACAGCUGGUGGGCGCGGCCGACGACUCGGUCAGCGAGGCGGCCGAGAGCAGCGGCAAGGCGGCCAUGGUGACGGCUCUGUUGGCGCCGCUCGGCCACAGCGACGGCGACCUGGUCGGCCUGGCUGCCCGCUGUCACCCGGUGACAGAGCAGUACGUGGAGCGGUACCUACUGGGCCGGCUGCCCGGCGCCGCCGAGCCGGCCGGUCUGCUCGGCUGCCUCACCGACCCAGCCGCCGCGCCCUGGCGGCCCGACGACCAUACCCUGCUCAAGGCCACGCUCGCAUCGUACCUGCCGUACCUGUGCGCCGACGAGUGGCGACUGCUGCACGCCGGCCUGCUGCAGUACAACAGCGGCUCGGUGCCGUACGCGCCGGCGGCGGCGGCCGCGGCCGCAGCCGAGCAGCGGCCCCUGGCGCGCACCGUCUGGUACUACGGCGACCUGGUGACGCUGUGGACGGCGCCGGCGGAGGACGCCCCACCCGAGGAGUCACUCCGCCUACCGGCCGACCGGCUGGCCGCCUGUCUGCGCGCCGUCGCCGUCCAGGUCAAGCGCUCCCUGGAGUCCUGCACCGGUGAGGAGCGGUACGCUGAUGACCUGUCGGCCGUGUUCCUGCCGCUGACGCACCUGAUGACCCUGGUGUCGGACCAGACCGCCCGCGAGCCGCUGGAGCUGCUGGCGCUCUUCGUCACGGCCGAGUUCAUCAAACAAAUGACGAGUCGGAUGGAGGCGGAGGCCAAGCCGGCUAGCGGGCCGGCCUCGGCCACCAUGGACUGGCAGCUGCAGCAGAUGGACGCGUCGGCCGGCGUGCUGUCCCAGUUCGUGGUGGGCUGCUUCAACAUCCCCAACGACUCGCCCAUCAAGAAGCGCGUGCUGCAGCACAUCAGCGGCUCGGUGCUGCGUGACCUGGCGGAGCAGGCGGUCGCCGGCUAGGGCACCUCCGGCUCCGCGCAUCGCCCCGGCUAGGCCGGGCUCGAAGGCUCAGAUCGAGAACUGGGGUAGAAGAUCUGAGGGUGCGGAGGAUGGAGCAGGCCGGUGGGCAGUGCCAAUAGGGUGAUAUUUUGAGGAGGCUUCGGAGUGCUGGGUCGCUGUCGUGGUUUCUCACGCGACGUCAGUUUUGCGUGAGGAAAUUGUGCGCAGUUGAGAGGUGUGAAAAUCGCUGUUUGUGACCUGGACGUAUUUCUCAGAUCACUUGUUGGCCUCCUGUUCAGCAGCGGCUGAUGUCUUGCCAAGUCGUUGCUUCCAUAUCAGUAUUUGUUCGCGCCGCCACUCGUAUUGAAGGUAUGUAACAAAUACAAACGUCGAAUACGUCACUAACCUGUA